AGAGGAGGCAGCAGGCAACUCCAGCUGACAUGAUCUGGUGGACAAGUUUGGUUUUUAUUUUCUAUUUUCAAACCAUUCACAGUAUGAAUGAAGUUAGAUGGUGCACUAUCUCUGACCAAGAGACCAAAAAAUGUAACGACAUGAAGUCUUCUUUCGCACAAGCACAGAUCAUUCCUCUGUUAUCGUGUGUUAGUGGACAAUCAUCCUCUGACUGUAUCCAAAAACUGGCGAAUAAUCAGGCUGACGCAGUGACACUUGAUGGCAGUUUAAUUUAUGAUGCUGGAAAACAAUAUAAUCUGAAACCAAUUGUCGGAGAAGUCUAUGAUCAGGGUGUAGGAACCUCAUAUUAUGCUGUUGCCGUGGUCCAAAAGAGCUCCAAUAUUACCCUAAAUAGCAUGAAAGGUGCCAAGUCUUGUCACACAGGAAUCGAAAGGACGGCAGGAUGGAAAGUGCCUCUGGGAUACCUCAUUGAUACAGGGCGUAUGUCUGUUAUGGGAUGCAAUGUACAAAGAGCUGUGAGCAAUUUUUUCUCCAAAAGCUGUGUUCCUGGUGUUGUCAAUGCAAGCUUCCCAUCUCUAUGUGAACUCUGUAUAGGAGAUGGCAAUGGACAUAAUGUGUGCCAACUGGACAGCCGAGAGCAGUACUAUGAUUACAGUGGGGCUUUCAGGUGUCUGGCAGAAUCGAAGGGAGAUGUAGCUUUUGUGAAGCACAGUACAGUAUUCGACAAUUCUGAUGGCAAAAAUCCAGCUGGAUGGGCAAAAGACAUAGUAUCUGCUGACUACCAGCUCUUGUGUCGAGAUGGGACACGAGCAGAAGUCAGUGAGUGGAGACGAUGUAACCUAGCUAAGGUUCCUGCUCGUGCUGUUGUGACACGACCUGAUGUGGAUAGCUCUGUUAUAUACAAUAUUCUCCAUGAAGGACAGCAAAGAUUUAAAGAUGGCUCCACCUUCAAGAUGUUUGACUCAUCAACCUAUGGUGGAUCAAACCUGCUUUUCAAGGACUCCACAUUAGAACUCAGGCCCAUCUUCAGUCAGACAUAUCAGGCAUGGCUUGGUGAUGAGUUUCUGCAGGCAAUGUGGGGAAUCAACUGUAACCCAGACAAACUUCCCAAAAUGCUGCGUUGGUGCACCAUAUCCACCUCAGAAAUAUGGAAGUGUGCCGAUAUGGGCAGUGCCUUUUUGAACAUGACUUUGUCUCCAUACAUCCAAUGUGUUUCUGCUGAAAGUCCAGAAGACUGUAUGAAAAUGAUACAGAAAAAAGAAAUAGAUGCUGUAACACUGGAUGGAGGAGACAUUUACAAGGCUGGAAAGACGUAUAAUUUGGUACCAGCUGCCGGGGAAAGUUAUCUUGACAGCAGCAUUGCUGACAGUUACUAUGCAGUAGCUGUGGUCCAUAAAAACCCAUCUGAUGCCUUUACCAUCAAUGAAUUGAAAGGCAGGAAAUCCUGCCAUACAGGCUAUGAACGCACAGCUGGGUGGAAUGUACCUGUAGGGACCCUGGUAAAAAAUGGGUUCAUCAGGCCAGAAGGCUGUAAUAUUGCUAAAGCUGUUGCUGAUUUUUUCUCUUCAAGCUGUGUGCCUGGCAUUGACCAGAAAAGUUUCCCUAAGCUCUGUCAACUGUGCAAAAAUAAAUGUGAAAGCAGUGAAAGUGAGCCAUAUUUUGGAUAUUCUGGGGCCUUUAGGUGUUUGGCUGAGAGAGCAGGAGAAGUGGCAUUCGUUAAACAUUCAACUGUUUUUGAAAACACAGAUGGAAAAAACACAGAGGAUUGGGCAAAAAAUUUAGAAUCCAGUAAAUUCCAGUUACUGUGUCCCAAUGGAGCCCGCGCAGAAGUGACUCAAUUUGCAGACUGCAAUUGGGCCCAAGUUCCAGCUCACGCUGUGAUGGUACAUGCAGACACCAAUAUUCAUGCCGUUUUUGGCUUACUGGACCAUGCACAGGAAUACUAUGGAAGUGACAGUCAUCUUGAAUUCAAAAUGUUUGACUCUUCCAAAUAUAAUUCAAAAGACUUGAUCUUCAAAGAUUCCACUAAUAAAAUUGUUCCUGUCAAAGACAAGAAAACUGCAGAGAAAUGGCUUGGAACAAAUUAUAUUAGUUCAUUGGAAGGUUUACAGUGUAGUUCUAGUACAGUGCUAACUCCAGUCAAUGCUGCUGUAUUGCUAUUUUUCAGUAUGCUUCUAUUUAAGAUUUCUGUAUAAUUAUCAGCUACCAUGUUAUUGGAAUGUCUAUGGAAAUUGCAUAGGUGCAAAUAUCAAGAGGAUCGUUGCUCACCAACAAAAGACUUCAAUUGUGAAUGGGUAGAAAGUGGAAUGUGAAUAUGUUCGGUGUGUACCUGCACUGUACACUCUUUGGCUCUGUAUUAUUUUCAUGCAAUGUGCUUUGUCAAGUCCAUCACGAACAUUAAACCAUCUAUUUAUUAAAUAUGCCUAUUUCUAAGACAGCUUUAUAGUCAGCAGGUAUAUAUAAUAUGUGUAUAUGUAUUUCUCCACAAUGCUGCAACAAUACUUGAUAAAGGCAAUAUGUGAAACUUGUGCAUGACUACAUAUGCGUCAACAUAUACAUUACAGCUCUACAACCAA